CAGAAUCCGCCCCAAGCCCUUGGAUUUGCUGCUGUGCCCUUUUGCUUCUGCUUCUGCUUCUGCCUCACCAGCUUCGCCUGCAUCUUCCGUCUUCCUCCUCUGUCACUCUGCCCUCUGCAACUCGCCAGCAUCGACGCAUCCGGCUAGUGCCCCGCGUGCAACGAAACGAACGGCUGGACAGACGCAGCGAAAAAAAAAAGUCGAGCUGGACGAGCAAACCCGAGACCUGAGCUGCGAAUCCAUCCGCCUCUGCUCCAACAGCAUCCGCGCAACCCGCAGGCUAUGCUCUGAGGCCGCAGAGCUGGUGCGCGCCCCCCGUCUGUCCGUCUGUCGCUCCAGCCUCGUCGCUUUGCCCUGCUCUGAACUGAACUGAGGCUCGUCUGUUGGCGUGUAGCGCGCGCCGCUCCACCUCUUUUCGCGCGACAAACCCCCGAGCCUGACCAAACGGGCCUGUGCAUCACGCGGCCAACAUGAGUCUCCCAUUGUCUUCCGACGAGAACCAGCGCUAUACCGAUAUCAUUGACGAUAUCCUCUCCACUGCCGAUCUCGAGACCAUCUCGCGCAAAAAGGUCCGCCAGGGUCUGGAGAAUGCUCUGGGUGGCAAAGACUUGAGCGAGCAAAAGGAUGCCAUCAAGAAGCUGAUAGAGGAGCGCUUCGACGCCGUCUCUGGCGCCGACCAGGGCGAUGCACCCCCUUCUUCCAUGCCCGAUGCCCCGAGCAACAAACGGUCAGCCACCAAUGGCACCUCAUCGCACGAUGAUCCCUCUGCAUCUCCCGAGCCGGCCAAGAAGAAGACCAAGCGGUCCUCGUCUACCGAGGAUGCCGACGCCCGCCUGGCUGCUCAGCUCCAGGCGCAGGAAAACAGACUCGCGAGGAGCCGUACCACCCGCGGCGGAGGCGACAAGGCGCGAUUGGCCAAGAAGAAGAAGGCCCCUCGCAAGAAGAGCGCCAAAAAGGUCGGCGACGACGAUGACAGCGAGGUGGACGCCAGCGGAGACUCUGCUCCCAAGCGCAAGGCUGGCGGUGGCUUCCAGAAGCCCUUUAUCCUGAGUCCCACCUUGUCAGAGCUGUGCGGUGAAACCCAGCUCUCUCGCCCACAAGUCGUCAAGAAGCUAUGGGAGCACAUCAAGGCCAACGAUCUUCAAGAUCCCAAGGAUAAGCGCCAGAUUCGUUGCGACGAGAAGAUGCAGGCCGUGUUCAAGCAGGCCAAGGUCGACAUGUUUCGCAUGAACAAGGACAUUGGGAGCCACCUCUAUCCGGUGGAGGAGUAAAGGUGUCUGCGCUCAAAACACUACAUCAUAUCAUCAACAUCAUCAUCAUCACUUGAACCGGCAGCAGCCAAGAUAAAAGCAAACGGUUUUAUCAAAUGCAGUGGGGUUCUGGCGCCCGGUGGCGUAUUCGGGGUUUUCACAAGGCUGGUUUAUCAUCUAUCAUCUUUCAAGUACAGUUUCUUUGGGAGGGAGGGAUGGAUGGACGAAGGAAGGGGACGGGGGAAAUAGCAACGAAUCAACUGGGUUUUCAAAGUAUCGGGAAACGGACGGUGGAAGGACUAGGACAGAUGGGAUCUCGAUCGACUCAUGGUGUUUAGCUGUGGUUGGUUACAUUUUUUUGGGAGCUUUUCGAAUCAUUUGGCAUUGGACAAUAACCAAAGCCCAGAAAGGAGAAAUAUAUCAAGUGCAAAUUUG